AUUACAUGUAUUUUAUUUGUUCUCUUGCGUUUACAUUAAUAAUGAUUCCGCAAUUAAUUUAACUUGACCUUUUUCUAUAAUGGGCAAUUGACAUAACGUUCUCAUUUCACCUUCAGAUAAAUACGACAUUUGAAUAACGCGGUAUUAACAUGGCGCAUGUCACAUGACAGCCGACCAAUCAGAGAAAGGAAACCGUCACGAUCUGCAUCACGGCAUGGGACAUUUUGCACAAUUUUUGAUCGUCAUCUCCCUAUCUUUUUGCAGGCAUCUUGCCGGCAUCUUGCACAUUUCCUGUUCACUGGGGAGUGUUCCAAAUUAGAGAGGAGUCAGAUAGAGUGGCUUAUCUAUUACAUUUCGUGGGUGUGGAAGCCUUCGGAAUUUUGUGCGACCGUCUGGAUCCGGUGGAUCCAUAUACACAAUCGUACGCUACGUUAGUGGCAAAAUUGAAGGAGUUCUACGAGCCGGAACCCUUGGAGAUUGCAGAAAUAUACAUUUACCGGAAGAGAAUGCAACGCCCGGAAGAGAGCGCACAGGAAUACAUGGCGGCUUUGCAAAAAUUGUCCUUGCACUGUAAAUUUGGAGGGUAUCUACAAACCGAGUUGAGGAACCAAUGAGUUUUUGGAGUGAGGAAUCAAAGGAUCCAAUCGAGACUGUUGGAGACGGCCCAGCUGACGAGAGAAUCUGCGUUGAAGAUUGCGUGUGGCAUGGAAUUAGCAGAGAAAGGAGUCAACAAGCUGAAGGAGGAAAAUCCGACAGAAGCAGCCGUCGACCUUGUUGGAACAAAACAAAGGAAGUCAAAGGGGCGAGAAGAGCGAAGAGGAUUCAAAGGGAAUCAACAUGGAGCAAACAAAGAACCACAGCUUACAAAUCGUUCUAAGUUUUCCAAAAAUAAUACCAAUAAGCGUGUAAAUACAAAAUUUAAUGAUAUUGUAUGCUUUAGGUGUGGACAGGCUCACUUUGCGAACAGCUGUACUCUUCCUCGGAGCGUAAAAUGCAGAGAAUGUGGAGGUCUCGGACAUCUGCAAAAAGUGUGUAAAGAGAAGGAUCAAGCGCAUAUGUUAGAGGAAGUAUGUAGUGUGAUGGAGCAGGAGCAUCUCGAGCACAGAGCGAAAUUUACUGUACCCCUGCGAGUAGAAAAUCAAGAGGUCAUUUUCGAUGUAGAUUGCGGAUCGGCGGUUACAUUGGGAAUUUUCGACUCUGGUUCGAGACAUCGCUCCGAAGACAAUGAAAUAGUGGAAUCCGAGGAAGAGGGAACAGCUGAAGCCAACGUCCCACACUCUUCGACAGUAGAACCGAACACCAGUAGUCACGAGCGGCAAUCAACUGCGAUUGCGGAGAGCCGACCUCAACGCAAUAGAAAACCUCCAUCCAGAUAUGGGAAUUAUUUAUCGUCAUUUUAAACAUUGUUUUUUAUUUUGCUUUUCUCCUGUUUUGGGUGGUGAGUUUAAAAAUACAAGGGGAAGAGCUGCUAUGUAUAGAAGCGGAAAUGCUCGAAUUACGCGCGUGUGGCGAGACGGAAUGUCUCGCGACUAUCCGAGGCGCGGUAGUAUAUCGAUAAGGGCCGAAUUCCAAUUCUGCCGAAUCACGGCCCCCUCACGUUAACGAUUGCGAGGUAUCGCGGAACCGUCAGGAAGAGCCUCGCUCUCUUCCGUGUGAGCGUUCGAUCAUGUAACAGCUCCGACCGUAUAAACUUACUCUCAGUAUAGCAAAUCGGCGUUAUCACAUCUAGUCCUGUGUUCGUCUAUUUUCCGGGGAUAAAACACUUAUAUGUAAAGAUCUUAAACGAAACACGAUUUAUAAAAGCAAGAGCUAGAAAUAUCAUUAAGCAGUAGUUUUACGAAGUACAUUCAUAUGUAAUAUUUAUUAAAUUUAUUGCAUAUAAUUAAGUAAGCGCUCUGACAACACUUUUAAGACUAGUUUAGAUUAGACCAAGUAAAAAAAAUUAUUUGUCCUAUCAUAUUGGAAUUAUAUCUUAUUUACGAAAAAUAAACAUUAGACGGUUUAUAAAACUAAUGUGUAAUAUUCUUCCUAUGUGAUAUAAAUAUAUUUGACCUGCCACAAGAA